GUGUGUGUAUGUAUGUGUACGAUGUGUGCAGCCGUUGUGUGAGCGGCCGAAACGGGAUAGAAUGAGAGAAAUGGUAUUCUGUAGCAGAGAGAAAAAAACACACAAAAUAUUGCAAUCAGUUGUAUUUGUGAGCUUGAAUCGUAAAGGUUGCAUCGCGCUGAACGUUUCUUUAUUUCGCACGUUGCCAUCUCUCCACCACUUCAUCCAAUUGUCUUUCCGAUUGAAUACAAAAACCAUUUAAUUGAGCCUGUUGUGUUUGCAUCCAGAGAGUAUUAAUGCCUUUGGUUUUCAAAUAAAUAUUAUUGUUAUCGUGUUUUUCAUUUCUCCUCAUCAAUUGGAUUCCGUUUAAAAGUUGCAUUUAAUUUUUUUUCCGUUUUGUUCAUUGCACAUAUCGACUAACGCAACUACUAGAAAAGUAAAUAAGAAUAGCGCAUCGCAAUCGACAGAAGAAUUUUUGUAGUCAUUGAUGUAAUGGAAGCAAAUUUGAUGCUAUUACUAUUCGGCAUUUGUGCAACGGUCAUCAGUGUGGACAAACAAAUGAAAAUAGUUCAAGAAAAAUAACAAAAGAAAUCACCUAAAUGGUGAUCCAUUUCAUUGGAUAUUUAUACCAAUUUCAUGUGCUAGUUUAAAUAUACAAGUGUACAAGUGACAAGAGUCCGAAGAAAAAAAAAAUGCGAAAAAUUUAUAAAUAAAUAUCAAAGGAGCUGAAUAAAUAAGGCUAAGAAAGAUAUUUCGCCUUGACGAUCAAAAACGAGACCAAAUUUAAUCAAAAAUAAAAAUAUCACACUAGUGAAGGAAGCACCUAAAAAUAUUCUGGUGAAUUGUCCGACAACGUAAUCAAAGCAAAAAAAAAGCUUAACAAAGACGAGUCAUACUAAUGGUCCAGAAAUCAUAAUCAGUUGAAUUGAAACGAGAGAUAAGAGUGCUGGUGAUCGUAAAAUAAAAAACGAAUUAUUAUGAAAUGAGAAGGAGACAUAAAAAAAAGUUUAAAAUGAUUAAGGUUUAAAAUGACGAAGUGAUUCAUAAUAUUACAAGAAAAAAGGAAGAAUAAGAAAAAGAAAAAAAAAUGAAAAUUGAUAAAUAAAUUGUUCGUGGCGUAAAAUGAAAGAAUUGCGUAACUGGAAGCGGCCUAUUUGUUUUGUUGUUAAUAUUGGAUUCCCCGGAGUAAAUCCAUUGCAAAAAAAAAACCCGUGUGAGUCGUUCGGACGUAUUGUGUCGGUCAGCCGAUGACGAUUCACACACUCACACACUUCACAUAUGAUCUGAUUGAGUUGAAUGAUAGAUCAACUUGAACGUUGUCGAGAAUUCUUUUCAAAAGCAAAGAACUUCUCCAACCAAUACAUUAGCCGACACUUUUUUGUGUUAAUGAAUUUCGUACGAAAUAAUUUGUGAGCUGUCAAAAGAUGACGCUUCCCGCACAAUCGCAAGAUGAACAACAACAGCAGCAACAGCAGCAACACUUACAACCGGGUUCGUACAAAUUAUUGGCGGCACAAUCGAGCUCUGCAAAUGCAGUCGUCGGUCGAAUGAACGAUAUGAUGAUGAUGAACCGUGGCCAUGCCCGGUCAAUCAGUCAUGGCGGUGGAUCGGCUAGCUCGACGACAGUGGGUUCGGCCGGUGGUCGACCAUUGAAAUCAGCGAUGAAAGGUCAUCAGCGAGCUUUGUCACAUGGACAAAUUUCCGAUGAAACACCUACACCAACACCACGUUCUGGUCACACUCGUGCCGGUUCGAAAACCGAUUUCAUUCUACCGCCAACACACAAAGAAGAGCCACCGCAUCGUGAUUUGGCCGCUACAUCAGCACAUUCGAUGAGCCAUUCACGACAAGCGUCACGCUCUGAAUCAAUAUACACGCUGCGUCAAUCGGAAAUACCACCGUUUUGGAAGCGAUACUUUCUCGGCCGGCGAACUAGUAAAUUUGACGAUCGUGGCUAUCGAAUCGUUGUACCAAAUCACACAGUGCCAAGUAAAACACCGAAACGGGACCAUCCAAACGGCAGAUAUGUGGGCAAUAAAAUCCGUACCACCAAAUAUACAUUGCUAUCGUUUCUGCCAAAAAAUUUACUCGAACAAUUCCAUCGGGUUGCAAACUUAUAUUUUAUAUUUAUUGUCGUUUUAAAUUGGUUCAUUGACGCAUUUGGUAAGGAAAUCUCACUGAUACCGGUAUUAUUUGUGCUUGGCGUUACGGCUAUCAAAGACUUGUUCGAAGAUCGACGACGACGCGCUUCAGACAAGAGAAUUAAUAAUUCGACGUGCCGUGUUUACAAUGGAGCGUCGGAGCGGUAUUUGAAGGUAUUGUGGCGAGAUGUUUGCGUGGGUGACAUUGUGCAUUUAUCAAAUAAUGAAACAGUUCCUGCCGAUAUUCUAUUACUGCGAACAAGUAAUCCGCAUGGUGUAUCAUACAUUGAUACUUGUGACUUGGAUGGCGAAACAAAUUUAAAGCUACGCGAAGUGGUGCGUGGUUUUACGGACAAACAACAGCUAUUCACGCCAAGUAAAUUCACUAGUCGCGUUGAAGUCGAUUUGCCAACAACAAAGAUUUUUAAAUUUAACGGUGCUCUAAUACAUCCAUCUGGCGAACGUGUUCCUGUAUCCACCGAAAAUUUACUUUUACGAGAGAGUAGACUUAAAAAUACAGAUUUCAUCGAAGGAAUCGUUGUAUAUGCGGGCCAUGAAACGAAAGCCAUGUUGAAUAACAGUGGACCACGGUAUAAGCGAUCUCAGCUAGAGCAGCAAAUGAAUUACGAUGUGAUUUGGUGUGUUGUCAUUCUGUUAGUUAUGUGCAUUAUUGGUGCCAUCGGGUGUCGAGUGUGGCUGCAGAAAUUCGUUGAAAUGGACAUUUAUUUUCUACCGAAAAUUAAUGAGCCAAAUUUUGAAGCGUUUUAUACGUUUUGGACAUACGUAAUCAUAUUACAAAUAAUGAUUCCGUUAUCUCUAUAUGUUACCAUUGAGCUGUGCAAAAUUCUUCAAGUAUUUCACAUACACAACAAUUCGGAUUUGUAUGACAUUCAGACGAACAAACGGACCGAGUGUCGUGCAAUGAACAUCACCGAAGAAUUGGGCCAAGUGCAACACAUUUUUAGCGAUAAAACCGGUACUUUAACGGAGAAUAAAAUGCUUUUUCGCAAAUGUACUAUAAAUGGUGCUGAUUAUAAUCAUGUGUCAUCGGAAUUGGAAAAAGCGUAUAUGAAACCCGGUGCACCGGCCCCACCGAUUAUGAUCAAUCCACAAUUGAUGGAAGAUAUGGUUGCUUCAUUCUUCAGUGAUACGUACACGAAGCAAGCACAACGAAUUCAAGAAUUUUUUCUAGUUUUAUCAAUAUGCAAUACGGUGAUUGUGAGUGCUUUUCCACAUCACGACUCAAUGAAUGCCAGCGGAAUGAUUGAAACACCGAAAAGCAACACAAAAGCUUACCACAAAAAUGGAAGCAAUGGAAUUGCUAAUGAUCAAUACACUGUUAGAAUUAUGCACGACAAAGCAACCAAUUCCACUGAACCACGCACUUUGACGUCGUCAUCACCGCCGAAUUCAUUAAGCGUUAAGCAAAAUCAUGUGCCAUCUCUGUCGCCGAUCAAUAGUUCAACCGAGUCAACGCCCACAUCAGACAGUCCACCGAUGAAAUUCAAAGCGAACAACAAUGAUUUUCUACGUGGAUCCAAAGCCAAAUCAAUACUUUCGUCUAUUUUGAACAAUAAAACGGAUAAAAGAAAACCAGCAACAACGCCCGAAAUCGCAAUCUCAGAUGGACGGCCAAUUUAUGAAGCUGAAAGUCCCGAUGAAUUGGCAUUGGUGAAUGCCGCAUUUAGCUAUGAUAUGUGCUUAAUGAACCGAACACCAAAUCAUAUAUUGGUCAAUGCCAUUGGACGUGGACAAAUCGAGUUUGAAGUACUUAAAAUAUUGCCAUUUGAUUCGAAUCGCAAAUGUAUGUCGGUUGUGGUACGUGAAACGGGAACACAAGAUUUAAUUCUGUACACAAAAGGAGCCGAUACAUCGAUAUUACCAGUGUUGGCGCCCAUCAAAAGUGAUCCAUUCGAACAUGAAUUGCGCGAGAAAACUCAACAACAUUUGGAUAUGUAUGCGAAACAAGGUUUGCGGGUAUUGGUUAUGGCAAAGCGACACUUGAAACCACAAGAGUUUGCCGAAUGGGCAGCAAAGCACAAGGAAAUCGAACUAUCAAUGGAACAUAAUCGGGAGAAACGGACUCGUGAAUCAUUUUUAAUGCUCGAAAAGAAUCUCACAUUGUUGGGAGCGACUGGCAUUGAAGACAGACUACAGGAUGGUGUGCCGGAAACGAUAAUAUCUCUUCGCAAAGCUGGCAUUGCAAUUUGGGUUUUGACUGGUGACAAACCGGAGACGGCCAUCAAUAUCGCUUACUCAGCCAAAUUGUUUCAACCAAAUAUGGAAUUGUUGAGGCUAAUGGCACGAUCACGGGAUUCCGCAGAAAAUUCCAUUCGAUUUUAUUUGAAUGAAAUCGGAAAACAAGAAAUUAACUCAAGUUCUCGGCCAGCCAAUAAACAACGUGCACUGGUUGUCGAUGGCAAAACAUUAACGUAUUUAUUGGAUCCAAGAUCGAAUUUAACAAGACCGUUUCUAACAUUGUGUCAACAUUGUGCCUGUGUUUUGUGCUGUCGCUCAACACCAUUACAAAAAGCAUAUCUCGUAAAAGUGGUAAAAGAAGAAAUGAAUAUCAGUACAUUGGCAAUUGGCGAUGGUGCAAAUGACGUUUCAAUGAUUCAAAUGGCUGAUGUUGGUGUCGGAAUCUCCGGUCACGAAGGAAUGCAAGCAGUUAUGGCGUCCGAUUUUACAAUGUCACGAUUUAAAUUCCUGGAAAAACUCCUACUCGUUCACGGUUUCUGGUCAUACGAUCGGCUGGCUCGCAUGAUUCUGUAUUUUUUCUACAAAAAUGCGGCAUUUGUUUUUCUGGCAUUCUGGUAUCAAUUUUAUUGCGGCUUCUCGGCCCAAGUCAUGAUCGACCAAAUGUACUUGAUGCUGUUCAAUUUAGUCUUCACAGCACUGCCUCCCCUUGUGAUUGGUGUGUACGAUAAGAACAUUCCGGAAGAUUUACUUUUUUCAAAACCAUACCUAUACAGAUAUAGUCGAUUGGGCCUGGCGUAUAAGCCGAUUUCAUUUUGGCUCGUCAUGUUGGAUGCAGUGUAUCAAAGUUUAGUCAUAUUUUUUAUAGCCCUAGGUGCGUAUAACGGUUCUGAUGUUGAUAUUUGGGAAUUUGGAACCACCAUUACCACAUCGUGUUUGUAUACGAUGUUAGUUCACUGUGCCAUUGGAAUACGAUCAUGGACGAUUCUUCACGUUGCUUCGAUAUUUAUCAGCCUGAUAUCAUAUUAUGCAUUUGCAAUGACGUACAAUGCUUUCUGUGUAACCUGUUUGGGUAUACCAUCGACGUAUUGGGUGAUAUUUCAUUGCAUGCAAUCGUCAGUUCAUUGGCUCAUCAUUGUAUUGACGGUGGUGAUUGGUGUUCUACCCAACUUUUUGGUGCAAGUGACACGAACCAUGUUCCGACCGGACGAUAUCGUCUGUGAAUUGCUGCAAAGUCGCAAAGAAAAGCAAACCAAUUCCGAUUUACUGGUGACGUGGUCACGUUCAACAUCUGCUUCGUCUAUCUAUAGAACUGUGGAGCAUACUCCGAAACAGCAGAUCAUUUCAACGAUUGGAUGAUUUGUAAACAGGAACACAUCAUGGUUUCAUAUCAAAAUUUUAAUCAAACACAGACACACACUUCAUAGAUUAGUAUGGAAAGUGUGUUUGCCGCUUUAGCGAAACACGUACUUCAACGAAAACUACCAUCUCGGUCUAAUCAUGUAGCUCAAAUCUUGCCAAAAACAAGCAUAUCUCCCAACGACGCAACCAUCAUUUUUUAUCAUAUUUCUUUAGCUCUUUUGUCACGUUUUCUUUUUAUAUUAUAAUUUGUUGUCAUCAAGCAAGAAUCUUUACAUAUGAAUUUGUUGGAAGAGUUGAACGGUCAAAAUUAAAACCGAUUUCUUACAAAUGGCUAUGGUAAACCAAUGAAAAAAAAAACACACACAUCCAUUUGAUUUCAAAUCACAACCGUUUGAUUGCGUAUUACUUUAUUUUUAUUCAAUUGUGUAUUUUGUGCGCCACGAAAUGAAACUACCUGAAUUUGACUUGAUUAUAUGUUCCAAAAUAAAAUUGUCGAAGGUGCAUUGAAUGAAAUACUGUGGCCUUUGCGAAACACAUUUGAACAAUUUAAUUCAUACAUAAACACAGAACAACAAACAAUUUGGAACAGAAAUCAAAAAAAAAUUAUUAUUAAAAUCGAAGAGAAAAAAAACAAAAAUUUAUGAAAACAAACAGACUUUAUGAAGAUGAAAAUAUAUAUUUACAAAUACGAAAUCUAUUUUGUGAAAAUCAUUUGUAUUUGAGCCAUCAUUUAAAAGACAUAACAAUAAGAUAUCUAUAAAUAAUACAAUGAAUAUUAGUCAAAACAUCCAAGUGGAAGCGGAUGAUGAUGAUGAUGAUGAAGAAAAAAAACAUUUAUUAUCAAAUAUGGCUGUGAAACUAAUUAAAAUAAACACAAUAAUAGCAUAAUGUUUUUUUUUUGUAAAUAACUGACAAUUGAUAUGAGUCAAGAGAAAAGUGACAGCAAAAUAGACAAAUACAAAAUGGAAAUGAAGAAAA